GCCUGCCUUAGUCCACCAUCAGCCAGCACGGGGGGUGUACGGCACUGUCCGCCUCUGGCGUUGGUCGCUCUGGAAUUCGAACUAGACUGCGUUACCAGGAAGAACACGAACUUUCAGACUGCGUGUUACCGAGGUUAUUCAUACUUUCCCGAGUGCUACGUGAGGGAAGGGAAGGGAACAGUGAGUGCCUGCCCGAAUUUAAGGUUUCGAAUCCUGGUGAACGAGACUUUGACACCUGUUGACGUGGGAGGAAGACCGGGCCAAGCGUGGUGGUCAUCGUGUUCUUAUCAUUAGUAUUGCGUGGAGGGGCCGUGCAAAUACCUUAUCGCCAUGACAGUGCCGCGGAAGCCAGUGCGAGGCGGGACACAAGUGACUAUGUAGUGUGUCACGUGUCAGUGUGAUGGUACCGACCUCAGCUUCGAACCGUUGAGUGAGUGAGUGACCGCAUGGCGUGGGGGAGGUGAAGGACUCGGUAUCUUCUCCUGAGUAGCUUUUUUGCUUUACUUACUUACUCACCAUGGGGAUCAAAAUGUGUGAUUGUUAAGCUGAGAAGAGGCUCAAGAAAGAGAGAGGAGGCGGACCAACUAAGAAGAGAUACUAAGCGAUAUAGGUCAGAAGAAUAAGAAUAAUAAGAAAAAAAAAGAGGAAUUAGUGUAUUUCCUGUGAACAGCGAUCCAAACCCAACUACAACAACUACGAUUACGUUCUACAACAUCAACAAUACAAGUGCUGUUUCUGCUUGCUACUGCUGCGAUUACUACAACGACUACUACUACUGCUACUGAUUCGACUGUCAAGGAAAGAGAGAAUCGGGAAUCAACAAGAUCACAGCAGCGCCUGCACAAACACCACACGGGCGUCGCUCCAAUUCAGGAUAACAAGAAAGGCAGUGUUUUGAAGCAGCGGAGGGGCGGGGCUCGCCACACACCAGUCCACCUCCACAAAGCAAGACGUGUGUCGGCAGGUCAUGUGGACACGCGCGUGGGUGGGGGCCGCCGGCCUGCUGCUGCUGCUGCUGCAGGCGGCGUGGGUGGAGUCGGCGGAGGCUGAGCAGCAGGAGGAAGCAGAGUUCGAGGAUGAGGUGGUGGGCGAGGGCAGGUGUAAGGGCGGGGAGGCGGACAAGCAGCCCCACCUGUCACUCACCACCCGCGUCCAGCGAGCCCAGGUCGUGUUCUAUGGCUUCGUAACGAGGGUAUACAAGAAGCGCGGGAAGAGGACCUACCCAGCCGAGUUCUUCGUGGUGAACGUCUUUAAGGGUGCCGACCUGAUGGCUUCCCUGCUGCAGGUGGACGGAGGCUACGGCGGCGUCUACAACCUUCGGGACAAGCGGAUCAACGUGACCAACUUCGGGCCGCGAGAGGACUGUCUGUCACCUCUCAAGGAGCAACGCACCUUCAUCAUCCUUGCCAAUGCCCCGGGAGAUCGCUUCCUUAAGGCCCGCUAUGACCAUCCCGGCGGAGCGGCGGUCCAGUGGUCAAAGGAGAACGAGGAGGUGGUGUGGCGGGCGCUCGGUUGGGACUCUUGGUCUGACUGGUCGGGCUGCAGCGCCUCCUGUGACGGCGGGACGCAGGAACGACGAAGAUACUGCCUGCACACGAAGGGCUGCCAGGGCUACAACGUUGAGAGGCGCCAGUGCAAUUUCUUCACAUGUAACGGCACCCUGGACGUGCUGCACCUCCAGGACAAGCAGUACAAGCCCACACAGUUCGGCUGGCGGGAGUCCAUCACGCGGCCCGGCUCGUGGCGCGCCGUCAGGAACAGGCCGCUGCUGGUGCACACGAGAGACAUCUACCCCGGCGGCUUCCCGGAGGAGUUUUCGCUGUUGAUCACGGUGCGGCCAGACCUCGGCAACAUGGGCAUGUUAUUCCUGAUGCACCGAGCCUACGGGGGAGAGGUGUACCUGGGUCUGGGUCUGGGCACCGGUCUGGAGCUGCUACACACGGGCCCGGCCAGGGAUGACGACGUGUUUCCCAUCAACGUGGCACCCAUCAACGUCAACCUCACCGACGGCCACUGGCACCAGCUGGCCAUCAGCGUGCUGGACGACAACAGCAUCCAGGUGUACGUGGACUGCCGCUGGAUCAGUCGGCAGAUCCUUCGUCGCUCCUCUCUGCAGAUCCCCAUGGACACGCUGCUCUACGUGGGGGGGAUGCCCGGCCGCAGCUACCAGGGGGAGAUGGAACAGUUCACCGUCAGCCGCUCUCCUGAAGCCGUGGCGAAGCAGUGUAAGCCCGAGCCCAUUCCAAUCAUCGACACCAGCCUGCAGGACUCGGGUCGGCCUCUCGGCGUGGACCGGCCACACCCCCAUCACACUGCUGACGACUACGACUACGACGACUACGCCUACAGCCACUACGGGGACAAGGUGUACGUGGGCGGCUACGACUAUGGCGGCGACUACGACCUCUACAACGGCCUCAACUACAACGACUUCCCGGACUACGUGUAUGAUGAGUUCGACGACUACACCACCAGCGGUGAGGCGGAGACGACCACUGCGGCAGGAGCGACAGACAGACCUUCCUCCUACUCCUCCACAACAUCAUCCCCGGCGCCGAAAGAAGAACAGGAUAGGAAGGAGGAGAAGGAGGAGGAAGAGGAGGAGGAAGUGAACAAGACUGUGAAUGAGGAAAUGGAUGUCUUCAGGACCGAAAAAAUGGGCUCUGAAAAAGGUGACGACGCAGACCACGACGAUAGGAAGGAGGAAGAGCCUGAAGCCCCGGAAAGACACAGUACGGAAACGGAGGAGGAAAAGGAGAAGGAAGAGGAGGAGACAGUGAAGGAAGAGGUACACCAGGAUGAUCUUGAAGAAGCCAUUUCCAGUGCUGAGGAGGACUCGACCAAGAUGGACCUUGAGGGAAUGGAAAUGAACGACGGCCACCGCCCCGCCAAGGCUGAAGGGACCGACAGGGGUAAGAUGCCCAUGGCUGUGGACACUUGGCGGGCCACCGAUGACGAGGACCUGCUGGAGGGGUCAGGAGGCGGCCACCACGACAAGAAAUUCGAACUGGCGUGGUCCGUGUGGUCGGGAUGCUCCACCUCGUGUGAUGGGGGUGUGAGGGUCCGAUCCUACCGCUGCCUCCCCAAUCAGCCGCUUCUGGAGGCGUGCGUGCGGGCGGGGAUCGAGACGCAGGAGCAGAGGGCGUGUAACCUGCAGCCCUGCCCCCCCACCACCACCACCCCCGCCCCCCUCAUAGCCGCCAGACUCCCCAGCAGGCCCCCGGGACUCAUCCAGGCCAUCCCUUACAUGACGGCCACUAACAACUUCUCCCGAGCGGCCACCCCGACGCCCCUCGAACAGAUCAUGGCCUCACACACCACCUCCUCCCCCUCCUCUUCCUCGUCAUCCUCCUCCUCCUCUACUACACCCCCCUCACACCUCCCUGUCUUCAUACCCACCACCACCCAGGCAACCACCACCACCACCACCACCACCUCCAGGGAGCGUGGUGUAAACAUCCAUCCACUCUACGCCGCCGCCUCAGCAACCUUUCAUCAGAGCCACCAGCGAACCUCAACAACAAGUUCCUCCCUGCUCGUUCCUCCCUCCUCUUCCCCCCCGUCCUCCUCCUCCUCCUCCUCCAUCAUUCACUCUCCGGACAAGCCGCGUAAAUCUACACCAAUCAACGGUCCCCUCAGGCCACAGGAGGCGCCGCUGACGGAGAGACGCCUCAACGAUGUGAUGCCAUGGGGAACAGCCUCCACCUUCUCGUCCUUCAAGAAAACCAAAUAUAAUUACUGGUACCAUCACCACCACCGCAACACCAACGCUGACAACAACCACAGCCAGCACCACCACCAGCACCACCACCAGCACCAGCAGCAGCACCACCGCAUGAGACACCACCAUCACAAACAGAGCGUGUCACCGCGAGUGGAGGAGUGCCCCGGCGGGUGUCUCCACCAGGGCCUGUGUGGGCAUGGUGGCGUGUGUCACUGUGCCCGCGGCUGGGGGGGGCGGCGCUGCGAGGAACCGAUAUGUGGCCACGGCGGCUGCAGGAACGGUGGCGUGUGCGUGUCGCCGGAGCGGUGCCAGUGUGCGCCGGGCUACACGGGGACACGCUGCCAGGACGCCGUGUGCUCCCCUGAGUGUGGCGGCGGAGGGACGUGUGUUCUCCCCGGAAGGUGCGCCUGUCCCCCUGGCCUGCUACCCCCAACCUGUACCCCCAUGUGCACGCCGCGGUGUCAGCACGGUGGGGAGUGCACGGGGGUGGGGCAGUGUUCGUGUCCUGCCGGGUACUCGGGGUCCCGCUGCGAGUCCGCCGUGUGCUCGCCGCCCUGCCAGCACCGCGGCAUCUGUGUAGCCCCGGGCGUGUGCUCCUGUCCCCACGGCUACGGCGGGGCGCGCUGUGAACGACCCGUGUGCCGCCCCCCCUGCCAGAACGGAGGCACCUGCUUGGCCCCCUACCUGUGUCGCUGUCCCGCCGGCACGCUGGGAACCUACUGUCACAAGUUCCUGUGUUCGCGAGGGUGCGGCGUGGGCGGCAAGUGCGUGGGCGUGGAGCGGUGCCAGUGUGGGAGCGGGUACUCGGGCCCCUCCUGCACCGUGCCGCUGUGUGACCCGCCCUGCGCCAACGGGGGAACCUGCACCCGCCCCGGAGUGUGUACUUGCCGCGACGGAUACUCCGGCCGCUGGUGCUCCGUCAGGAAGUGUAAAUACGUGCCCAAGCAGGUGGAGUACACGAAGACGUACAAGAAGGCCGUGCCGCAGCAGGUUCAGACGCACUGCGGGGCCUGGGGCUGGAAAACCUGCACCUCCGUCAGGCAGAGCUACCAGACCGUCACGCAGAAGUACUACCGAACAGUGUACACCUGCCAGACCCCCGCCAAGCCCUGAGUGCGCCGCGGGAAGGGCUGACGUUGCCGCUUUUCAGGUAGUAGCAGUAGGAGCACCUCACACCGCCACUCCAAGCUGUUGGGAGGAAGAUUGACUGGACGUGAAGUGUCGGGGUUGUGCUUACCGACAUAACAGACCCACCGACUUGAGGGGACACAAAUAAACUCCCUGUGAGUGACCUAAGAAAAGACUGCUGCCAUUCCUUAUGUGCCACCGUUGUACCAGGUGUGGGGGUGCCAAAGGACGCCCAUGCAUGUGCCGUGGUCCAAAACUCUCCUUCUUGAGGGACCAGCUGGCCACAACCAAGGAGCUCUCUGUAUGUCUUGGCGGCUACGUUGUGGAGGCCGCGGCGUGUCGGCCCCUUGCCUGCCUGGCCCACCAUGGGAAGAGGAACAGCAGACUACUCAUUGUUCCUCCUCCAGUGUUUUUAGCUUCAAGUAAUUCAUGUUCGUCGUCAGCUGUUGUGAAGUUCUUUGUUAAGAGCAAAACUAAUAGCCUUUUCGUUAGUCGAUAGGAGGCAUCUAUGACUUAGGUGGUCCUUUCCGUGCUACUUCAGCGCAAAACUCCUCCACCGCAUCGGAAGCAGCGUCUGUCUAAGCCGUAGGGGAACAACAUAGUGUGUGGACAAGUACUCGUCAUGUGUGCCGUGAUCGUCUUCGUUAUGUCUCGCCGGAGGACACAAUCUAGAGCACUAAGUGAAUAUUAUACGUGAAAGGUCAAGGUUCAGUAACUACCCACCUUUUGGACUGCAGUAGUUCAGGGGAAUUUUAAAUAUUUUGAUUAAGAAAUAGAAAAAAAGGUCGUCUGUUGUAGUUUAAGUAGAUGUAGUGUAAGAGGCACUGUCAGAAUGUAAUGGCGACAAACUGUAAGUAAUAUUUAUGUCACGUAGAUGGAAACAAUAGAUGCGUGUCCUGGAGCACCAUGGUAGCCCCAGGUUCACUGUGUAAUGGAGACACCCAGAAUAAAUCAGGAACCUUUUA